UGCAUAGUUGCUUACGCUGGGCAAGUCACUUUGCAGAUGAAUUUUUUUUGUUUUCCAUCUUUAAAUACUGUCUUCAUUCAUGCUUUUCCUUCUGAUGAAAGCUACUGUUGUCAGCAAAAAGUAUUGGAGUAGCUGAUAUCCAUUCAUAGACAGUAUGAAAUACCACUGAAGCCUGAUAUGAUUCUGCUUGCUUUCUUUUUGCGUGCCACAAAGAAAUCUGCCUAAAGUCUUACAGGUCUGCAGUCAGAAAUAAUUGUCUUAGUCUUAAAUACGGGUGUAUCAUGGCUUCCCAAAGCUGUUCCCAGUGCAUAAUUCUAUACUGAAUGCUUUUAAAUCUUGUUGUAUCCCUGAAAUUUUUGAUGAACAGAAGUAGGGUCAGAUAACACUUUUCUUUCCUACUGUAAGUGGAGGAGGGUUUCUUUGGAAAAGGGGGUGUAUGCAGACUAAAGGUGGUUGCUGAGGUAAGAUGGUCAGCAUAUGAGAGCUUGUAGAACAGAUGUUCCUCCCCUGUAAUAAGGCUCAGUGUGGGAAUACUUCUGUUUCCCAGUGUACUUAAAUAUCCUUUAUAGAACCUCAUUAAUAAAUUUUGUUCAUACAUCAUACCCAGCAAUUGCUACAGUAAAUUUUUCACUUGCUUGUUGGUAGAAUUUUCUGCCUAUGCUUGCUUGUCAGACUGCUGCUUGUCCUCAAAGAGUUGACUUGGCUAAUAAGAAACAUAUUGCUCUGGCUGUUAGCUGCUUUCCUGGAGAAAAGGAGCAUAUGCUCUCUGAUGAGGGGUUAAAUGCAAAUUCUCCUUGGGUGAAUCAAGGUUUGACUUCAAAUGAAACCUAAAAAAUAAAGCUUGCAACACGUAGUUUAAUAAUUUAUGGAGUUAGUCUUGACUUUUGGUCAAAUGUCUUUGUUACUUAAAUAGCUUUGCUGCCAACUAAAUGUAUCAGUGCUGUGCAGAGGACCAAGAUAAGUUUUUGAGGGGGUUUUAAUGCAAGAAUGCCGACCUUCGAUGAAAUCUUGGAGAACGUUGGAGAAUUUGACAGGUUCCAAAAGCAAACCUUUUUUGUACUGUGCUUGCUCUCUGCUGCCUUCACCCCUGUGUAUGUGGGUGUCGUCUUCUUGGGGUUCAUCCCUGAGCAUCGCUGCUUCAGCCCUGGCGUGGCGGAGCUGAGCCAUAGCUGUGGCUGGAGCCUGGAAGAGGAGCUGCGCUACACCGUUCCCGAGUGGGGGCAACGUGGUGCCUCUUUCGCUAGCCGCUGCAGGCGCUAUGACGUGGACUGGAACGCAACAGGCCUCAGCUGCACCGACCCCAUCGCUGCCUUCCUGGGGCACGGCAACAGCAGCACUGUCCCCCUCACCAGCUGCCGGGAUGGCUGGGUCUACGAGUCUUUGGGGACAUCUCUUGUGACCGAGUUUAACCUGGUGUGUGAGGACUCCUGGAAGCUGGAUCUCUUUCAGUCAUCUGUGAAUGCUGGGUUUUUUGUUGGCUCUGUAAACAUUGGCUACAUAGCAGACAGGUUUGGCCGUAAAUUUUGCCUGUUAGCUACAAUACUUGCAAAUGCUAUUUGUGGAAUUCUUCUGUUCUUUGUGCCUACCUACCUCUGGAUAUUGAUCUUCCGUUUCCUGCAAGGACUAGUCAGCAAGGGCUGCUGGACCGCAGGCUAUAUCCUGGUCACAGAGGUUGUUGGUCCAAGAUAUAGGAGGACAGUGGGGAUUCUCUAUCAGGUGGCCUUCUCAGUUGGACUCCUUGUCUUUGAUGCCGUUGCUUAUGGAAUUCCUCACUGGAGAUGGCUGCACCUCACUGUUACUCUGCCAAGCUUCUUCCUCAUGCUCUACUACUGGUGCCUCCCAGAGUCUCCCAGGUGGCUGAUAUCUCAAGGGAAAAAUGACAAAGCUAUGAAAAUUGUCAGUGAUAUCGCCAAAAAAAAUCAGAAGAAAAUGCCUUCCCAUCUUGAGGAUAUUAAAUUUGAAGAGGAAGAUGGUGGAAAGCAGACCCCUUCACUCGUUGACCUUUUCAGGACACCACAGAUGAGGAAAAAUACAUUCAUUUUGAUGUACAACUGGUUCACAAGCGCCAUCCUCUAUCAGGGGCUCAUCAUGCACAUGGGAUUAGCUGGUGGGAACAUGUAUCUGGAUUUUCUCUAUUCUGCUCUUGUUGAGUUCCCAGCUGCCAUCAUCAUCAUCAUCACGAUUGACCGCAUUGGGCGACGCUACCCAUGGGCUGCAGCAAAUCUGGUGGCUGGAUUCGCCUGCCUUGUUACUGCCCUGAUCCCAGAGGACAUACAUUGGCUAAAAGUGAUUGCCGCUUGUAUUGGGCGAAUGGGAAUCACGAUGGCUUUUGAAAUGGUUUGCUUUGUAAACACUGAACUAUAUCCAACGUACAUCAGGAACCUCGGGGUAAUGGUCUGCUCUGCCUUGUGUGAUAUUGGUGGAGUUGUCGCCCCCUUCGUUGUCUACAGGCUGGUGGAAGUGUGGCAGGAGUUGCCGCUGAUAGUCUUCAGUGUUGUUGGUGUAAUUGCGGGUGGAUUGGUGUUGUUUCUGCCUGAAACUAAAGGAAGAGUUCUGCCUGAGACAGUUGAGGAUGUUGAAAACUUGCACAGGCAAGGAGCUCCAAAGGAGAAACAGAUCUAUCUUCACGUCCAAACAUCAGAAGUAGCACAUGACUGAAGAAUGCAGACCUCUUUCUAGGCAUUUCCAAGGCGCAAACUGGGACUCUCCUGUGUAUGAUAGCCUCAAAUGAAUAAAUAGAAACACCUGGUGUUUUUGGCUAAAAGUAUUAUUAACAGAAGAUGAUGCACUUACGUGAGAAAUGUUGGACACAGCUCAGGAUUUACAAACAACAAAGACUUGAGACUUUGCUAAGUUCCCAUCGCAGAAAGGAGAGGGUGAUGAUCCAAAGUAAUUAUUUAUUGCAGUAGUCCAGUGCAUUUACCAAAAGCUCAUGCAAAAUGUCAUUUCCUGC